AUGGAGACCCGGGACAUGGCAGAGGUGAAGACCUCCGCGAAGCCACGCGAGGCACCGGCAGAAAAGUCACAGUCUAUCUGGACCCGGCGUCUCAUCAUCGUCGCCUUCUGGACGGUGGUAGUAUGUUUGGGCUUGCCGCACUGGACGUGGACAACAUCGAUACAGCGCUCCGCCCUGCCGUUAGAAUCCAUGAACUCGUGGGCCGAAGGAAAUGCAUGCCAGCUGCGUUACCCUCUACAUCUCGAUCUGCAAACACCUGGUCUGGACAACGAACAAGCAAGGACCCUUGUCUCUGGUCUUCAGAACUUACUGAAUGGACAGGAGAGCCUCCGUCUUCACGACUUCCACGUCAGCUGGGCAGGUGAUGAGAGUCUGCGGAAUGGCACCUCGAAUAGUGCGUUGACUGUGGUCCUGAACACCGCAUCAACGGCGCAAGCACCCCAAGCUAGCUUGAAGUCAUGCGAGCCGAUACUUGAUGCACGACACAGUAUCCAGGCACCAGGUGAUGUUGAGAAAGCCGCAGCUUUCCUUGCCACCGAGAUCUCCCACAUCUUCCAAGACGAAAGUACAUCUCUGUGGCAUCUAGUGAAAGACACACCCUACGCUCGCGACAUGCAACCUGCAAUUUUGUCUUCAGAGAAAGCUUCCGAACUGGACCGAAGGACGACGAGAGCAUUCAAAUAUGCGCCAAAAUACCAUCUGACCUUCUCACUGUUUACUCAAGCCGCGACUCCGUCCGUAUGGCAAAUCAACGAGGCCCUACGCGAAUACAUUCAGCCGUUGCUAUCGCCUCUGUCCGCCAUCAGCGACUUUACGAUCGACACUCAAGUCCAGCUGUUCGCAUCGUUCAGUCCCUCGAUUGAUGGUCCGGUUUUUGACUCCACGAAGAAUCAAUGGACAUUGCACUACGCUGACCUUACCGGCUUCGUCAAUGCCGCUGAAUGGCCUCUCAACCCGAGUAUUGGAGAGGGACCCACCAUCAACUUUGUGCUAUAUGUCCCAGCACCGGACAAGAGACCACUUGUGAUCGAUGAGAACGGAGGCUCGAGUUGGAUCAUACCUCAAUGGGGCGGCGUGCAAAUACACAAUGCCAUCAGCGCUGAUUCUGAUACUUUGACGCUGGAAGACCUUCGAGCAGACAUGUUGGUGUUCGCCGAUCAGCUCGCUGCCCUCAUAGGUAUUCCACAGCACCCUCCGUCGCUCUCGCUUCGCAUAGCUGCGUUGACUAGGGAGCGCGCCACUGCGGUGAUCCUUUCUGCCUCGUCCACUUUAGGCGCGCUCUCUCGUCUUACGCUCAAGCUACAGUCGAUUGCUAUUCCAGACACUGUGGCCAAAGCUGUUGACCAGACUUUACUGCACCUCGACAGUGCCUGUUCAGAUCUACGCCAAGGACGCUUUCAGAGCGCUCUUGAGAACGCCCGGACCGCUGAGACAGAGGUCGAGAAAGCAUUCUUUGAACCUUCUAUGGUGGGCCAGGUCUAUAACCCGGAGGAGCACAAGGUCGCUGUCUAUGUGCCCCUACUUGGACCCAUGGCUGUACCGUUGAUCAUGUCUGGCUUGAAAGAACUCAAGAAGCUGCGGGAAAGGAAGCAGAAAGCAGCUUGA